AAACGACCCCUUAUGAGAGAGUUUAACCUUGCUUAUUUUGUAAUCUUUGUUUGAUAGACCUCGUUGGUUCAAGGGAUGGCUACUGAAGAAGAGUCAAUCGAGCAAGCUGCUGCAGCGCGUCGAGAGAGGCUCAAGGCUCUAAGAGCUGCUCAGGAGCUUCUAAAUUCCACUGACGGUGAUUCAGCUCCUCAAGCUGACGACAAUGGAACCGAUGAUGAACUUAAUACCAACAUGAAAUUUCGAAAUUAUGUCCCCCAUGAUAAGCAACUUCAGGAAGGUAAGCUUGCUCCACCAGUGCUACCAAAGUUUGAAGACCCUGUUGCUGCAGAACCUCCAGCUCCGGAAAAUAAAGAAGAUCCAUUCGUCAACAUUGCUCCAAAGAAGCCAAAUUGGGACCUGCGGAGGGAUGUGCAAAAGAAGCUUGAUAAGCUUGAAAAGCGCACACAAAAGGCAAUAUAUAAAAUUAUGGAAGAACAAGAAAAGGAAAAGCAGAUGGCUGAAGAUGAAGGCGGAAAUGCUGUGGAAGAUUAGAAUUAGAAUUCAACGGAGCAAAAGAGCCAUUGAAGCUCGGCAAUGGUCAUUAACAAAUGACUGAGAACUACAGUUUGUUGACCUUCCAGGAGGAGCAACUUGCAAUUACAGUUGUGAAUUAGUCAACAUAAAACUUCUGAAAACCUUAACCACUUCUGUUUAUUAGAGUUGCUAUGUUUUCGGACAUAAGUAGAAUUUUUUGUGAGUAGAGUUGAUUGUUGUAUGCAGGCCAUAUGCAAAUACAAGUUUCUGUCUGGGUCCGUCAUAGGUUGAAUGCAAUAUUAGAAUUCUAGCUGUUUAGUUCAAUUGGAAGAUUUACAUUAUCUCUUGUAAUAUGCAAAUUCCAUGAAAUUCACUUUGGUUUUCAUUA